AUGUCACUCGUCUAUUUCAAUGAGAUCCUGAAAGUCAUCGAAAAAUCUGUACCUCUCAAAAGAACCAUCGCCGGGGUAGCCACACAAGCAGGAUGUGCGGCCGCUGGAACAGCAGCAGGAGGACUUACUCUGGGACCACUUGGAGCGUUGAUUGGAGGCAUCAUGGGAGCAGUCUAUGGUUAUAAUUGCAGUGGCGACUAUGACAGCCUUCUUUUCGCUCUUCGCGCAAUGUCUGAAAGAGAAAAACGUCAAGUUACUGAACAGGUUCAACGCCUAGUUGGGUCAGCUUCUGUGGAGGAGCUACUACGAUACAUAACAACAGAAGCUCAUAGAAAGAAAUUCUUCUCGAGUCAAUCAGCAUAUUUCAUAUAUCCCAGAAGUCGCAGUUUCUUCCUGAUCUAA